GGCACCGGCGUUCAGGCCUGCGCCAGCGCUGAGGCCAGCGUGCGCGUUCAGCCCUGCGCCCGCGGCGAGGCCUGCUCCAGCAUUCAGACCGGCGCCAGCAUUCAGACUUGCACCAGCGUUAAGACCUGCGGCUGCACUGAGACCGGCACCGGCACGGAGACCUGCGUUGGCAUUCAAACCUGCUCCCGCCCCUGCGCCAGCGUUGAGACCGGCACCGGCCGUGAGCCCGGCGCCAGCGUUCAAUCCUGCACCAGCAGUGAGCCCGGUGCCAGCAUUCAAUCCUGCACCGGCAUUCAAGCCAGCGCCCGCGUUCAACCCAGCGUUGGCCUUGA